AUUUAAAAAAGCUAAAAUUUCAACUUCAAUUCAAUUCAAUUCCUCCGAAAUCAACAACCACCAAAAGGAGCUAUGCCGGAAGCGGAAUUGCAUUCCCCGGCGCCGCCGCCGCCAAACCCUAGCUCCGCCUUGUUUGUUCUCAAAGCACCUGCGCCGGCACCGCCAUUAGCUGCGGUCAAAUCUGAGUCUCCACCUCCACCACCUCCCAACGGCGGUGGCAGAGGAGGAUUCGGUCCGCUUCUGUGGCUGCAGAGCCACCGGCCGAAGAUAAGGGUGACGACUGAGUACGACAGUGACAGCACUUCGUUCCAGCACAGAAUCUCGUGCAAGCUGCUGGACAGCUUGGCCAAGGUGAAGUUGUCGUUCCAGAAUAACGGCAAGGGAGAGAUUUCAGAGCCCCAAGUGGACUUGACUUCCAAGUACUUGUCCUUGCACUACGACGUCGAGGACCAGAACGCCAUUGUCAAGGCUAAUUUCGAUGUCACUCCCGGCCUGCAACUGGAGGCAGUUCACGAUGUCAAGUCUCAACAAGGACAGGUGGUAAUGGUUGCAGACCUUGCGGGCCCUGCCUACAAGUUUGAAUUGUCAUCUAGUGUUCCAGCCAUUGGCAUGCCAAGAGCAUCCUUUAAGUUUCCCUAUGGUGAAAUUUCACUAGAGCAGAAAGAGGAGGAGGAAGAGGAUGUAAAGAAAGUGUUUUCCAUUAAUGGAAUCCUCAAAGGUCAUAUUUUGAAUGGAAUUUGCAGUGCUCGAUACAAGGAUGAAGAUUUGAAUUUAAGAUACUGCUUCAAGGAUGAGCAAAUGGCUUUUAUUCCUAGUAUUUCCUUGCCUUCAAAUGCAGUAUCAUUCGCAUUCAAGCGUCGAUUUGGUCCUUCGGACAAGUUGAGUUACUGGUAUAAUUUUGAUUCAAACGACUGGAGUGCUGUGUACAAACACACAGCUGGCAAAGACUACAAAUUUAAAGCAGGUUAUGAUUCAGAGGUGCGACUUGGAUGGGCAUCUCUUUGGGUUGGAGACGAAGACGGUGCAGCAAAGACAGCCCCAAUGAAGAUGAAAGUCCAAUUCAUGCUUCAAGUGCCGCAAGAUGAUAUCAAAUCAUCAACCCUGAUGUUCCGCGUGAAGAAGAGAUGGGACUUAUGAUAUGAUGUUGCUGUAAGGUAAAGGCAGAAAUGAUGCUUUCCUAUCCUUUGAAAAGUUUAAUGUAAGAUGGGGCAUUUCUAUCAAUACUUUUCCCCCUGCACAAAGCUUUAGACAUUUUUCUCCCCCGCCCUCUACUCCCCCAGUUCGCUGUCACUAUUUAUGUGCAGAUAAUGCCCACUAGGACAGAUUAGUUGGAUAUGACAAUUGACAUUUACUGUUGUAUAAGGUGAAACAUUGUCAAGAUAAGUUUGAAUCUUUUGUAUGUUUAAUCUUUCUUCUAAUACUAAUGAAACAUUUGACAGAA